AUGGAGGACUCCCGACAACGGGCCUUUUCAAAGCUCCGCCCUCCUUGCGUUGAGCUAAGUUCUGUUGGGCUUAAAUUCAGAGGCGACCUCGCAACCUCCAAGGAUGUGUUACGGGCCUUGGAACCUUUGCAUACUAUGCUCCUGGAGGUUGCGAGUGAAUAUGGUCUCGAUGAAAAACUUGCCGAAUACGCAUUCUUCCCACUAUCGCACAUCUUCAAUGAAACCCAAAGGGUUUCUGUUCGCUGCUUGGAACUGGCGUUGCGGUGUCUACAGAUUCUUAUCGAGAAAGGAUGGCGCCAAAACCUCUCCGUGAAAAUGGGAAAGCAGCUGCUUAUCCUUCUCACCAUCAUUGCUGGUGGACCUCCCACCCAAAUUAAAGAUUGCAACCAGAGAAAGCCAGAAUCGGAAGAAUUAACAGUUGCCGCAUUUGAUUGCAUUGCAACCGUAUGUCAGGUCCUUGUAGGACCUACAGCUGCAGCAGAGAUAUUUAAUGAAAUCGGGACAUCCACUAUUGUUGAUCAAACUGUCUACCUCUUACUGGAAGGUAUUACGGAUGGUACUUCAGACCAGGUCCAACUGGCUGCAGCUCGUGCUCUGCGGACCCUGACCGCUCGCGUAACUCAUCGUGUGAUACUAGCAAGCCUUUUACCCAGAAGUGUUUCUGCCUUGACUAAAGCACUACAGCCGACCACACAAAUGCGACGAUCAUACCAAGUGCUGUGUUGCUGCAUACAAGCCCUCACAGAAAUGUUGAAGGCCGUGCUUAAUGAUACCGAUGUUUCGGCCCCGACGCCCCAGAAAACUGAUGCUAAAACCCAACCGGGAGGGAAUACUCUUGUUCUUGAUGACUCAUGGCUCAACGCGACAGCUUCCCAGGUAAAGCUUGCGUUGGGAAACGUUAUUCAGUUGAGAACACAUGACAGACAUGAUGUUCGCCACAGUUUGCUUGAAUUAUGCCUUAUGGUUAUUGAACAAUGUCCGAAAUCUCUUGGGGACUCACUUUCAAUGAUGGUGGAAACUGUGGUUGUUCUCGCUGAAUAUGAUACAGACAAGCCGGCAAACGAUGCUUACGUCGCCCUAAAACAUCUGACCAUUUCAUCUAACCGCGUGCUGGACCUUCUCAAGUCUAACAUGUACACAUGGACUAUAGCAUUACCAAGAAUGAUGCAAUCGAAUAAUGAUGCAGCAAAACAAAGAGCAAUUAGACAAAUAUCGACUGCGUUCCAAGUCUUAUCGCAGACUCAGCCAAGCUUAAAUAUCUUGGAUGACACUUUAGCCACAAGUUUAUGCGAGAGUGUCUCCAUGGCUAUGCGAUCGACGUCAACAGCGCCCCAGCCUCUACCAAGUUUUGCUGCCACAGGAUCGGAGCUCCGUAUUGUGGAUGGUGAGCGCCAGUCGAUAUCUUUUCAACCCGUGCUACUAGACCACCGUAGCCACCGAAGAACACUCUCAGAGCUCCAAUUUAUGAUUUCGAAACUUAGCGCCACGGACACAUCUCUCUCGAUGGCGAGUUCGAUGUUAAAGAAAAUCUAUGGGUCGUCGGGUGAUGACCUCCUAGCUCCCUUUUGGCUUACCUUAUCAUUAAUAAAAAGUGUUCCAGCGGAUCUAGCGUCAAUGGAUGACAUGAUUGAUCUGGAUUCUGACUCUCCUUCUCGUUCCGCUAUUAUCGAGGAGUUAUACUCAAUCUCGCUCCCACUUCUCACGGAUUUGUCGACUGCCAAUCCACACGAUUGGCGGCUGCCUGCGUUAGCUCUUGAGGCUAUAGCACUCCAAGCGCAGCAGUUAGGUGAAACCUUUCGUCCCGAAUUAAUUGACACCUUAUACCCUGUGCUGCAAUUGAUGGGCUCUAGCAACCCCAACAUACAGAAUCAUGCUGUUACAUGCCUUGAUAUCCUUACUGCUGCUUGCAGAUAUCCAAACACAAGCUCUAUGCUCGUUGAUAAUGUUGACUACCUAGUGAAUUCCGUGUCUUUGAAGCUUAACACUUUUGACAUAUCACCCCAAGCCCCGCAGGUGCUACUCAUGAUGACGAGGUUAUGUGGGGCAUCGCUUAUCCCAUAUCUGGAUGACCUGAUUGGAUCGAUAUUUACAGUGUUGGAUGCUUUCCACGGCUACCCUAAACUGGUGGAGCUUCUGUUUUCUGUUUUAGGAGCUAUUGUGGACGAAGGGGCAAAGAAACCAGCACAACUAGCUAUCACAGGCUCAGAUACCAAUGAACCCGUCAAUCACCAGAAAAGACCUCUCAAAUCCCGUAGAAUUUCAGACAUCGCGAAUGAAUUUCAAAAGCGAAGGGAGAAGCGAGCUCGGGCCUCUGAACUCGAAGCCGGUGACAGUUUGGAAAAAGAAUCUCACCCUAGACGUCCAUGGGCUUCCGAGCGCGAUGGGCUCAGACUCAUGGAUGAGGAUGAAAGUGAUAUAGGCUCAGAAUCAGAGGGACUGCCACCACCUACCACAGAAGAAAAGACUCUAAGCAGAUCUCACACUUUGCUCCUUAAUAUUGCCAAAUCCAUUCCACCCCAUCUCUCCUCACCAUCGCCGUUCCUACGACGCUCAUUACUUACCAUCUUGACCCGUGCACUACCCAUCCUCGCGCAUGAUGAAGACACCUUUUUACCCCUAAUUAACGACCUCUGGCCUUCCGUUAGCGCACGAAUUACCACGCCACAGACUCUCUCACCAAACUCGGUCGCACUUACAACACCCCACACAGGCCCCGCACAAACCCGCAACUCCCCAACCAGCAUCGACGAAUCCGGCAUCCAGGAAGAAGCAUUCGUAAUCUCUGCGUCGUGCUCCGCAAUCGGCGCCAUGUGCGAAGGCGCGGGGGACUUCAUGGCAUCUCGCAUUGAGCAUGAAUUCCCUCGGUGGAAGAAACUGUAUCUCCGCGCAUGGGAGCGAGUACGGCAGGACUCAGAAAGGGCGGCGGAGAGGCAGCGACAGAGGAUAGAGCAGCAGGAACGUCUUAUGACUGCACGAUCUAAGCCUCCACCACCGCCAACACCACCACCACCGCCACCACCACCGAGCACAAAGUCAUUCACCCCUCACAACUCCCUAUUCCAGGCCCUGACACGCAUGUUUACCACCAUUCUCCACAGCGUAUAUCUAUCAGCCGACAUCAGAGACGAAAUUUUUGAGUGUCUCGGUACGGCGAUAUCUUUCUUUCAGCCCGAUUAUUACUUCACGUAUGCAUGGCGCGAGCACACAGAAUCCAACGACGAGAAGCAGAUCGGUAAAACAGCAGGAGAGCCAAGAGCGGAAGCGACGUCAAGAACGGGAAAUAGAACGGGAACAGAAGAAUUUGCCCAGGCGAUUCAAGCGAUGCAUGUGCUAAAUGCGGAUUUGACAUGGUUUAUAUUUGAGAAAGGGAGGAGACAGAGCAGGGGCGGUAUCGAUGACGGGAACGGUGAUGCAGUUGAUAGGCUGGCACGGGUGGGGCGAAAUAUUGAGAGGAGGAUUGCGGAUAUGUUGAGGAGCCAGCUACAUUCGCAGUCGGAUUCACCAACGCAGGGAGAGCUUCGUUCAGCAGGAAGCAGGGGGUCGUGGAAGUUGGCGGAGGUGAUUGGAGCGUUUUAA